AAAUAUUGAUUUGGGUUAUUAAAACCCCACACUUUUCUCUUUCUUCACACAAGCAAAAACAAAAACUUGAACAGCCCCUCCCUCUAGCGGCGGCGCGUGGUCUUCACAUUCCGCUGUCGUCGACGAAGCUCCUCCUCUUCUUUAUCCAUCUCGCCGACACUUCCAAACCCGUAGGUAGGAGGAAGAAGAAGCCAACAAAAAAAUGCCUCCUUAUGAUUGCAUGCUUCUAUUCAAGCCACAUGUGAAAAAAGAAGCCCUAAUUGGUUUAGUUGCAAGGAUUGGAAAACAUGUAUGUAGAAGAAAUGGGGUUGUCACUGAGGUUAAGAGUUUCGGAACUAUUCAGUUGGGUUAUGGUGUGAAAAAACUUGAUGGCAGAUUUUUUCAGGGCCAACUGAUGCAAGUGAGCAUGAUGGCUACACCAGAAAUCAACAAAGAGCUGCACUACCUAAACAAGGAAGACAAACUACUGCGUUGGCUUCUGGUUAAGCAGCGUGACACAAAGUUUGGGCUUGAGUUCAUGGGAGAUGAAGGUCGAUUAGAGCCAAGCAGAUUCUCUCAAAUAAAUAAACCUGAUGACGACGAUGAGGAGGAUGAAGACGAUGAAGAAUAUGAAGUGAAUGAAGAAGAAAACAUAAUGAACUAAAAGGUGGUUGUAUUUUGUUUGUUUCCAUUAGGAGAAAGAUGAAACCGUCGUGCAUCAUAGGUGCCAAACAUAUGCUUAAUAAUAGUGCCUACAUAGCAAUUAGACAUGAUCAAUGGCUUUGAAGAUUUUGAUUAGUAAACAGCAUGUUGUCUCUUGAUUUUAGAAUAUAAUUUUUUGUAACUGUGAAUGUCAAAAAUCCUGGGAUUUUGAAUUUGGUUUUUGCUGAUAAAUGACUAACAAUGUACUUUGGUUAAUAGAAUCCAACACUUAUAUUUUUGGUCUUUCUUUUCAAAAUUUGGAUUUUUGGUUUCUCCA